AGUUUCUGAACAACAUGAUUUUCAUGGAAACCGAGAAAUGAAAACGUAUUUGAAAAAUAUCGGUUCGUAUUUCGCGGACAUUUAUCUGAGAAGAAUGAGGCUUUUAUAAAUAGUUCAGUCGUCUUUCAGCUAAGAAACAAAACGUGCAUCACAGAGGAGUCAGCAUGGCCGAGCAGAGGCUGAUGUUUAUAGAUAUUAAAACAAAUAGCACCUCUUCUGUGGAGGGCAGAGCUGAGAAUCCCCUCUGGAGUCUCAGCGACAACACCUUCAGAUUCAACUUCUUAUCUGGAGACUCACCAGCACUUGAGGAACAAUCAUCUUCAUCAGCCAGGCUCGAAGCAGUGGAGAGCCCGAUAUCCUUUACCGGAGAGGACUCUGCUUUUGCCUUUAACUUCCAAAUCCCUCCUGUUGUCCCUGAAGAGGACAUGAUGACGACAGAAGCUUCAGACGUCGCACACUGUGUCCAUGAGGACGAUACCUCAGUUCUAGAGGAUGUUAGCUCCCCACCCGAAGCAUCAAAAACAAAGAAGAAGAAGAAGAAAUCUGGAAAGAAGAAAGGCUCAGAUAACACUGAGGCAAAGCAGGAGCCAAGUUCAGCUGAGAGGAGUCAAGGAGGCGAGGACGCAGAGCUGAGUGCUGAAGAGCAGCUAAAAAGAGAGCUGGAUUGGUGCAUCGAGCAGCUGGAAUUGGGAAUGACGUCUCAGAAGGGCACGCCAAAGCAGAAGGAGGAGGCGUCUCGUGCCCUCAAGACCCUACGCAGUUCCAAAGCUCCUCUGGUCAAGAAGAGGCAGGUGAUGAGGGCCAUGACUGGAGAUUACAGGAAAAAAAUGGAAGAAGAGAAGAGCAAGCAGUUCAAACUCAUUCAGAGCGAACUGGCAUCAGCUCAGGUCAAAGUGUUGCCGGAAUCCCCAAAGAAGUCUGUUUUCCACCGUAGAGCCAAAGUCAACACUGAGACUGGAGCCUCAGAGGAAAAACUGCAACAAACUGAAGCCCAGGAUACAGAGCAGAAAGCUCAGGAGGAGACGCCAGCUUUUGUCUUCACUGCAUCAAAUGAAGAGUUUCGCUUCAAUUUUGUCUGAUUUGUAUCUCGAGGACGAACAUUUUAGAGUGCGGUAUGUUGAAAAGAAGUGCCACUCACUGUGUGUGCAGGACAUGCUUUGUGUUGGAGACAAUAAAAAGCACACAAAAACAGAAGCUGUACAGGAGAAAGUGGGAGACAAACCAGUAAACAAUUAUUACAAUGCUAAUACUCUUAAUUGCUUGUACCAUAUUUCUAAAUAAAGCAUUUUGUAUAUUA